AUGGAGGCACUGGAGACCCAGAGGUGGGGGCUUGUCAAUGCUGCGAUCGAGAAGAAUGAGCCGGCGCUACUGGACCAGACCACCCAGAUUAACGCCCGAAAUACCGUCGAGAGAUUUCAGUGCCGAGUUCGCGACCUUGCAAUAAGGAAGAAUUCGAUACCGAUUCUGAGCCACCUUAUUAAGCACGGCAUGAGCGUAAAACAUCUCGAACCUCGGGACGUCACAAAAAAGGGAGAGGUUUCAAUCCCAACUCUCGAGUUCCUACUUGCGAAUGGUUGGGAUAUCAACUGGCCUAGGAACAGUACAACACGCAAGCCCUUUAUGUGGUAUUGUAUCAAUGAUCGAGCCAAGCUCGUGUGGUGCCUGAGAAAUGGUGCCAAGCUUAAGAUGCCCAAGAACUCAGACUGUAGGGGCAGGCGAUCCCCGCCAAUUCUUGAGAUCGUCGCGAGAGAAGGCGACAUAGCGACAUUUGAGUUCCUGCGCUCGAAGGGUGCACCUCUGCAGCCAUUCCCGCAUCAGAAUAGAGUACUGCAUGCAGCCGUCUAUCGUGGUGCUGUUUAUCGACGUGAUGGCUCAGGUGACCCGGCAAACGAGACGGAAGAGCACCGAAAAGAGAGAGCAGAACAUACUCAGUGCAUAGCUAUGGUGCGUUACUUAAUUGAUGUCGUUGGUUUUGACGCCAAUAUCCUCGACCAGCUACCAGAGUGCCGAAGAGGUCAAUCGGGCGCAAUGGGAACGCCUCUCGAAUACGCACAAGACCUUUGGUCAGAUAGACUGGAUACGCGCGAGUUGACGUGGCUUUUGCUCGACCGGGGCGCAGAUCUAACGCCCGCGCUAAAGAAUGCAAGGUGGGGUGAGGACCCUACGAAAUGGCAUCAUCAUUUCAUAAAGAAUGUCGAGGAAUGGGAGGAACAAGGGGGUCCUGAAAGGCUGAGAGAGUAUCAGGAACUCAAGCGGCUUGAAGAGCAGAAAAAGAAAGAGCAGAAGUGUUGUGUCCAGUAA